AUGAGCCGUUUACGAUAUAAGUACAAUUAUGUUCUUCGUUUGAUAGAACGCGGGGCUGUCGAGAAUAUCAGUACCGAUCUUCACUCUACAAGUAAACUACCUUUGCUUCAUUUAGCGGCUUGGAAUGGCGAUGAAAAAUUGGUCACUUAUCUGCUACAAAACGGAGCUGACAUCAAUGUAAAUCACUUGAAAAAAGGUACUCCUCUACAUAUAGCUGUUGCGAUGGAAAAUCUUGAAAUAAUAAAGAUUUUAGUGCAGUUCAAAGCAGACAUUCAUAGGCAAUUACUUCGCAGCCCUUGGCAUACACCCUUGCACAGAUCGGUUUUUCAAGAUAACACAAAAAUUGUUGAAUAUUUACUUAAUAACGGUGGUAAUGUUAAUAUUAAGUUGGAUGAUACGACUCCGUAUUAUUGCGAGAAAACACUAUUACAUGUUGCAGUCCGCCAUUCCCAUGAAGAAAUGGUGAAAUUACUUUUGGAAUAUAAUGCUAAUGUUGAUGUUUAUGUUUCUGGUAAUACAAAACAUCUAGGGAUUGCUACUUAUAUGGGGAACGUGGCAAUUAUGAAGCUUCUCAUUGCAUAUGGAUCAGAUGUUAAUGGUGGUAAAGGUCCUGAUGGUGAUCUUGAAUAUCCUCCUCUACUUGCCGCCGCAAGCCGCAAAAACUUGGAAGUACUGGAAUUAUUAUUAGAUAAUGACAUGGUUCAAAUAAAUAGAGUGUCAAAGACUAAAUAUUCAGCCCUCCCUGUGGAAAAGAUCUUAUAA